CAUCGCUUCCAAUCGUUCGCCCCACAGAGAGAAGGCAACGAGGUGAAGUGGUAUGUUGAUGGCUGCAGCUACAUGUGGGCCGUUUCGCUCGCAUUGGAACAUGCCCAGCACUCCAUCUGGAUCCUUGAUUGGUGGCUCAGUCCAGAAUUGUAUCUGAGAAGGCCUCCGGCGAAGCAUGAGCAGUAUCGACUUGACAAGCUUUUAUUUGCGGCUGCCAAUCGAGGCGUUCAAGUCAACAUCAUUGUGUACAAGGAAGUGACGCAGGCUCUAACACUGUCGUCAAGUCAUACGAAACAUUGGCUGGAGGAUCAUGAUUCGACUGGCAACAUCAAGGUCUUCCGUCAUCCAGACCAUUUACCUGACAAACAGACUCUAGCUUCGAGUUUUAUCUCAAGCAUAAAGCAAUCAGGACUGAGUGCCAGCAAGCUCGCUCAGCUUCCAGGAGAUGCUCUUAGGGGAAUCUACGGCAUGAGCGAGGACUCGAUCCUAUACUGGGCCCACCAUGAGAAGCUGUGCCUCAUAGAUGGCCAUGUAGCGUUCAUGGGUGGCCUAGAUCUCUGCUACGGUCGAUGGGAUACCAAUCAACACUCUAUUGCCGAUGCCCACCCGACUGAUCUAAACCGUAUCGUCUUUCCAGGUCAAGACUACAAUAAUGCUCGAAUCAUGGAUUUCUCCGAUGUGCAGCACUGGGAGAACAACAAACUGGACCGGAAGUACAACAGCAGGAUGGGAUGGUCAGAUGUCGCUCUAUGUGCCAAGGGCCCCGUCGUUGAGGAUCUCAAGGCCCACUUUGUGCAAAGAUGGAACUUCAUUUACUUUGAAAAGUACGAUGUGCGUAAACAAGCACGAUACCAACCCCUCGUAUACCAUGCUGCACGCGCAGGUAUCAUUGGUCACCCUUACGAGGAGGACGCAGAUGGCGAGCCUCGCGGCGAAGGCCAGUAUCACGGCUUCCGUCAACGCAUGAGAGAGCAAUACGAAAGCGGCCGAGCACGAUUAGAAGAGGGUCGCGAUCGCCUGAUUUACGGUUCAGCAGACUAUCCUAGCGGCCCACUUGGAGGGACACAAUGUCAGAUCGCUCGCUCAUGCGCGAAAUGGAGCCACGGAGUAGCUCUGGAGCAUUCCAUUGCAAAUGCUUCCAUUGAAACGAUCAAGAACUCUCAGCAUUUUGUCUACAUGGAGAACCAAUUCUUCAUCACAGCCACCGGCGAUAAGCAGAAACCGGUCAAGAAUCUGGUUGGCGCUGCAAUCGUGGAACGCUGUCUUCGCGCGGCCGGGAACAACGAGGAUUGGCACAUGAUCAUCAAUAUACCCAGUGUGCCUGCCUUCGCUGGAGACCUCAAGGACGACGCUGCUCUGGGAACCAGAGCUAUCAUGGAAUUUCAAUAUUUCAGUAUUUGCAGAGGAGGUCACAGUAUCAUGGAAGAGAUCGCAAGGGCAGGCGUGGAUCCGAUGCAAUACAUCAGAUUCUAUAAUCUCAGAAGCUACGACCGGAUCAACACUAGCGCGGCUAUGUCAAAGGUCGAGCAACAAGCUGGAGUCUCGUACGACCAGGCCCGUAUGGGUUAUGACCAACAGUACGCGCACACGCUCGACUCACAGCAAUACAAUCAAGAGUAUUCGAACCCUCAGGAUAAUUCAAAUGCAUACGAUCGAUAUCAGCAAGCCGCUGAUCAAGUCUACGGGGAUUCGAACAAUCAGCUUGCCACUGGUCGCUGGGACAGUGUUGCAGAAUGCUAUAUGCUCAACGGACCCGAUCUCGGGUCAAUACCAUGGGAGGGUGAGCCCGAGGCAGAGAUGGACGCAUAUGUGUCAGAGGAGCUCUACAUUCACAGCAAGCUCCUCAUUGCAGAUGAUAGGAUAGUCAUCUGCGGAAGUGCCAACAUGAACGACCGGUCACAGCUAGGAGACCACGACUCGGAAAUCGCCAUGAUUAUUGAAGAUCCGCAGCAGAUUGACUCCUACAUGGCUGGCCGACCGUGGAAGGCAUCGCUAUUCGCUGCUAGUCUCCGGCGCCAGAUCUUCCGGAAACACUUGGGCUUGCUUGCUCCUCAAGACAUCGAGCGACCGGACGCCAACUACUUCCCAGUCGGACAUGCAAAUAUCUAUGAUUGGGGCAGUCGUGAAGAUCUUGCAGUAGCUGAUCCCAUGUCAGAAUCAUUCAUGAAUCUGUGGAAGCACACUGCUGCAACCAAUACCAACGUGUUCCGCAAGAUCUUCCAUCCUGUUCCCGAUGACACGGUCAAGAAUUGGAGCGAGUACGAUGACUUCUAUGAGCGUUACUUCAAAGCCGAGGAUAAAGCAAAGGGAGGGAAAGGCAACAAUGCUGAAACUCCAGAUCAGAAGCCAGGGUUUUGGAAGUGGGGACAUGUCGUGAAGGAGGAGUUUAGUCCAGGUGCGCAAGGAGUCUUGGAGAUGAAGGAUUUGCUUUCCACAGUCAAGGGCAAUCUGGUCGAGAUGCCAUUGCUCUUUUUGAAGGACGAGGAUAUCGCCAAGGAAGGCUUGGGCCUCAAUGCGCUUACUGAGGAGGUGUAUACAUGAGCAUCCGGUGACAGGACGGUUACGAUCAACGAGAAAUACGCACAUGAGAUGUCACGCACACUAUCGAUUGCAGAAACAGCGACGUUCUUGUCUCUG